GAGUCAAGAACUGAAUGAAAUGGAAGAGAAAGAUCAGUAUGAGAAAUGCCAUGAUUUCAUGACUGGGGAAAAAUCUUUGAGUGACUCGCAGACUCAUGAAACAGAAACUAGGAACCUUAAAGUCCAGAUGAAAGUUCACACUAAAGAGAAGCCUCAUGCUUGCCAACAGUGUGGGAAGAGUUUUGCACUAAAAGGAAGUCUUAACAUUCACAUGAGAGUUCACACUGGAGAGAGACCUUUCACCUGCCCUCAGUGUGGGAAACGUUUUGCACUAAAAGGAGAUCUUAAAAGUCACUUGAGAAUUCACACUGGAGAGAGGCCUUACUCCUGUCAACAGUGUGGGAGGAGCUUUGCACUAAAAGGAAGUCUUAACAUUCACAUGAGAGUUCACACUGGAGAGAGACCUUUCACCUGCCCUCAGUGUGGGAAAAGUUUUGCAGUAAAAGGAGAUCUUAAAAGUCACUUGAGAGUUCACACUGGAGAGAGACCUUUCACCUGCCCUCAGUGUGGGAAAAGUUUUGCAGUAAAAGGAGAUCUUAAAAGUCACUUGAGAGUUCACACUGGAGAGAGACCUUUCACCUGCCCUCAGUGUGGGAAAAGUUUUGCACUAAAAGGAAAUCUGAAUUGCCACAUGAGAGUUCACAUGAAAAAGAGUUUCACCUGCCAACAGUGUGGAAAAGGUUUCAGUGAAGAACAGAGCCUUGAAAUCCACUUAAAAAUCCAUGCUGGAGAGAAACCAUUCAAUUGCCCUCAGUGUGGAAAGAGUUUUGAACAGAAAAAAAACCUUAAUGUCCACAUGAGAACUCACACUGGAGAGAAACGUUUAGAUGUCACUGACAGAAAUCACCUUAAGAAUCAUGUACAACAUCACAUUGUAGAGAAGCCUCACACAUGCCCUCACUGUGAAAAGAGUUUCACACAAAGUACAAAGCUGGAGGAGCACAUAAGAAUUCACACUGGAGAGAAACCUUUCACCUGCCCUCAGUGUGGAAAGAGUUUUAAACAGAAAAAAAACCUUAAUGUCCACAUGAAAACUCACACUGGAGAGAAGCGUUUCGGCUGCAAACUGUGUGAGAAGAGCUUCACACGAAAAGAAACUUUUAAGGGUCACAUGGCAAUUCACAAGGGAGAGAAUCCUUUUGAUUGUGGUCAGUGUGGAAAGAGUUUCAGAUAUAAAAGAAACCUUAAGCAUCACAUGAGGAUUCACUCUGGAGAGAAAAGUUUCACUGACGGAAAUCACCUUCAGAAUCCUGUACAACAUCACAUUGUAGAGAAGCCUCACACAUGCCCUCACUGUGAAAAGAGUUUCACACAAAGAGUAAAGAUGGAAGAGCACAUAAGAAUUCACACUGGAGAGAAACCUUUCACCUGCCCUCAGUGUGGAAAGAGCUUUACAAGUAAAGGAUACCUUAGGAUUCACAUUAGAGCUCACACUGGAGAGAAGCCUUACAAGUGUCCCCAGUGUGAAAAGAGUUUCACGUAUCACACAGACCUGAAACGGCAUUUGCAAACUCACUCUGUAAAGAUAAUUCUGAUUUCCACAGUGUGACGAGAGGUUUAGAAAAAGGAGGCAAUAGGAAAUGUUUAUCUUUUAGAAAACAAUGUUACUUUCUCACACCACAGCUGAAAGUGAGCUUCAUCUGAUUUAACUUUUUGACUACUUUUUUUUCAAUCUGUAUUUUUUAUUUUAUUUUAUACUUUACCUUUUUAUUCUUCACCUGACCAUCUUCUUUGCUAUAGUUUCAAAUAUUAAGCAGACACCCUUUAAUUUAGACCAGGGGACGGCAACCAAUAGAGAAAACUGCAUACCAAUGUUCAUUUUGAGGUCCUCUGCACAAUCUGACUUUGCUGCAGACUGGAAUUGAACUGCAGGUUUGUCUGGCCAG